CACUACUGAGUCGAAGAUCAGCUCACGAGGAUUCCGAUCUCUCUUUGCCCAACCAAAAACUUCUCUCUCUUCUUCUUCUUCUGUUCUUCCCCGACUCGGCCUCGACUCAGUUACUGACUCGGUUUCUCUGAUUCAUGGAACCUAACCAGUCAAAUCUUCACUCGAACCUCGAUUCGCACACCCUUUAAUUCCUUUUACAAGAAAUCUUUCAAAAACUUCCCUCCCCUGUUUUCACUUUUCCAGCAAUCGGAUGGCCCAUCCUCAUUCCCUUCUCCUCCUUCCCUUCUUCUGCUUUCUCUUCCCUCUUCUCCACCUCCACGCCAGCCCUGGUGAUGCUGAUCCUAUUUACAAGGGCUGUGUGCUGCAGUGUGAGAAAUCUGGAUGCGCUGGUGACAAAUGUUUUCAGCAUUGUAAAUUCUCAUCUGAUGGGAAGUCUGUUGAUGGUCCAUGGUAUCUGCAGGAACCUCUGUAUGUACGCUGGAAACAGUGGGACUGCCAGAGCGAUUGCAGGUACCACUGCAUGCUUGCUAGGGAGGAAGAAAGAACAAAUCUUGGCGAUAAGCCUGUCAAAUACCAUGGGAAAUGGCCGUUUAGACGAAUUUAUGGCAUCCAGGAACCGGUUGCAGUUGCUCUUGCUACUCUCAAUCUUGCCGUGCAAUUUCAUGGCUGGUUAUCCUUUUUCAUUCUUCUGUACUACAAGCUUCCAUUGAAGCCGGAUAAGAGGACCUACUAUGAAUUUACAGGAUUGUGGCAUAUCUAUGGGAUCUUAGCGAUGAAUUCUUCGUUUUGGAAUGCUGCAUUUCACUGUAGAGAUGUGGAGUUGACUGAGAAGCUGGAUUAUUCUUCAGCUGUGGCAUUUAUUGGAUUUUCCCUAAUUGUAGCCCUGCUGCGAGCUUUAAAUGCAAGAGAUGAACCUGCUAGGGUCAUGGUUUCUGCUCCAAUUAUCUCAUUCGUGACGACCCACAUCUUGUACCUCAACUUCUAUAAACUUGAUUAUGGUCUGAAUGCUAAGGUCUGCCUGGUCAUGGGCGUUACUCAGCUUCUUGUUUGGGCAGCUUUUGCCGUCGUUUCUCACUAUCCAUCACAAUGGAAGUUGUGGGUGCUAGUCUUGGGCGGCACCAUUGCCAUGCUUCUGGAGGCAUUCGAUUUCCCUCCAUACAGAGGAUACGUCGAUGCCCACGCACUCUGGCAUGCAACUUCGAUUCCUCUUUCGUACAUGUGGUGGAGUUUUGUGAGGGAUGAUGCUGAAUUUAGGACUUCGGCUCUUCUCAAGAAAGAAAAGUAACAUAUCCAAUCUCACAACCUGCACUAAUCAGAUGGAGGAAUUUCUCAAAGCACUUGCAUUUCAAUGUUAGUUCAUCAACACUCUGGUAGGUUCCCUUGUUUUUCUGGUGUUGCUUGGCAAAAUAGCAAAAUGUUACCCUUAAUUGUUCUUUGUAUAAUGAUAUUUGAAUAUCAGGACCAAUAAGUUUUCUUUUUCUUCUCACUCUAGUUUUUUACUUUUUGGUCCUGAGAAAUUUGUUGGUCAACACAUAAUUAAAUGUCUCUCAGCACCACUGCAGUUCUUCACAAUGUAAACAUGCAAAUAUUAUGCUGAUAUCAGCAGGUUAUGUUAUUCAGGAUCUGAUAUUAUGCAGUUCGCAACCCUCAAA